AUGGCCACCAACCCGCAGCCGCAGCCGCCGCCGCCCGCGCCGCCGCCGCCCCCGCCGCAGCCGCAGCCGCCGCCGCCGCCGCCCGGCCGCGGGGGCCCGGGCGCGGGCGGGGCGGGCGGCGCCGGGGCGGGCGCGGGGGACCCGCAGCUCGUGGCCAUGAUCGUGAACCACCUCAAGAGCCAGGGCCUCUUCGACCAGUUCCGCAGGGACUGCCUGGCCGACGUGGACACCAAGCCCGCCUAUCAGAAUCUCAGACAGCGUGUUGACAACUUUGUUGCAAACCACUUAGCAACGCACACAUGGAGUCCCCACCUCAAUAAGAACCAGCUAAGAAACAAUAUUAGACAGCAAGUGCUCAAAUCAGGAAUGUUGGAGUCUGGUAUUGACCGAAUUAUUUCUCAGGUUGUGGAUCCAAAGAUCAACCACACAUUCAGACCUCAGGUGGAGAAAGCUGUGCAUGAGUUUUUGGCCACAUUAAAUCACAAAGAGGAAGGGAGUGGCAGCGCCGUGCCCGAUGAGGAGAAAGCGGACUCUUCGGGCUUGACACAAGGCGCCCCUGCUCCUGGGCCAAGUGUUAAUGCAGCCAACGAUGCUAUGUCCAUCUUGGAGACGAUAACUUCGCUGAACCAAGAGGCAAGUGCUGCCAGAGCUUCGACAGAAACACCAAAUGCCAAGAGCAUUGAGAGAGGAUCCAAAAAGCUCUCGUCUCAGCCAAGCACUGACACCAGUACUGAGAAAGAGAGAACUUCAGAAGAUAUGACUGAUAAAGAAAAAUCUGUGCCCGACUCUGGGGGGGAGGCCCAGGAAACAGCCCCUAAGUCUGAAGAGCUUAGUGACCUCCCUUGUCCAGUUGAAGAAAUUAAAAAUCACGCAAGAGAGAAUAAUAAUUCAGCUCCACUCAAUAAAGAGGUUCAACCAGAAAGCAGUGACCAAAAAAAUAAAUCAGCAGACAAGGGUGAAAAGAAACCAGACAGCAAUGAUAAAGGAGAGAGAAAGAAAGAAAAGAAGGAAAAGACAGAGAAGAAAUUUGAUCACUCAAAAAGAAAUGAAGAUACACAAAAAGGGAAAGAUGAAAAGCAAGCAAAGGAAAAAGAAGUAGAGUGUGCAAAGCCUCCUUCAGAAAAGAAUAGUAAUAAAGCCAAAAACAGUGAAGGGACAAAAGAAGAUUGCUCUCUGAUGGGGUCUGAUGUGGACGGGCUUACAGACAUCACGGUGAGCUCUGUCCAUACCAGUGACCUUUCAUCUUUUGAAGAAGACACCGAGGAGGAAGUAGUAAUGUCUGAUAGCAUGGAAGAAGGAGAGAUUACAUCAGAUGAUGAAGAAAAAAGCAAACAGAACAAAACAAAAACUCAAACCAGUGAUUCUAAUGAAGGAAAAGCAAAAAAUGUACGGCACGCUUAUGUCCACAAACCCUAUCUCUACUCCAAGUAUUACAGUGAUUCUGACGAUGAGCUUACGGUGGAACAGCGGCGACAGUCUAUUGCUAAAGAAAAAGAGGAGAGGCUUAUAAGAAGGCAAAUUAAUAGAGAGAAACUGGAAGAAAAACGAAAACAGAAAGCAGAAAAGACGAAGUCUUCAAAAGCUAAGACCCAAGGCAAAAGUAGUAUGGACUUAGAGGAAUCAUCAGCAAAGAGUCUGGAACCCAAAGCCCCCAGAAUUAAAGAAGUCCUUAAAGAACGGAAAGUCCUAGAGAAAAAAGUAGCCCUAAGCAAAAAAAGAAAAAAAGAUUCCAGGAGUGUUGAAGAAAAUUCUAAAAAGAAACAGCAAUCUGAAGAAGAUUCCAAAGAAACCCUCAGAGCAAAUGAGCAUUGUGAAAAGGAAAAGGUGUCUUCUUCAAAGGAUUUGAAGCACGUUCAUGCAAAAAGUGAAGCAGGUAAACCUGCUCGGAGGCUUUCAGAGUCUUUGCAUUCAGCUGAGGAAAACAAAAACGAGUCCAAAAUGGAAAGAGAACACAAGAGAAGGACAUCUACCCCUGUGGUGGUGGAAGGGUCACAGGAAGAGACGGACACGAGGGACGGGAAGAGGCAGGCGGAACGCUCUGACGUGGGCACAGAAGAAACCCAGAAACAGAAGGGAGCCUUGAAAACAGAAAAGCACCUGAAGAAGGAUGACUCGGAAACUCCUCAUUCAAAAUGCUUGCCUAAGAAAGAGGCGAAAUCCUCCAAGGAGAAGCCGGAAAGAGAGAGGGCUUUGUCAGAAGACAAACCGCCUACAAAACACAAAUAUAAAGGUGACAGCGUACAUAAAGCAGGCGAUGAGGCCGAGCCUCAGUCUUCUGAGAAAGCACUGAAAGGGGAGGAGAGCGUUCAAAAGCCACGUCAGCCAACAACGCCGUCUUCAGAUGACAAACCUGAGCGAAAAAGUAAACACCGGAAUGAAAGGAAGUUAUCCAUUUUAGGCAAAGAUGGAAAGCCAGUUUCCGAAUAUAUCAUCAAAACAGAUGAGAAUGUUCGCAAAGAAAACAACAAAAAAGAGAGACACGUGUCGGCCGAUAGAGCUAAGGUGGAGCACAAGUCCAGACGAUCCAGUGAUUCUAGAAUUCAGAGGGACUCCCUGAGCUCCAGGCAACACGGUGUCACAUCACAGAGAAGAAGUGAGAGUUAUUCAGAGGAUCGGUGUGAUGCAGACUCCACUAAUCUAGAGGGUAAUUUAAAACCAGAAGAGGCUGUUCACAAGGACAAGAGGAGGACAAAGAGCUUGGUAGAAGAGAAACUUACGUUAAAGUCAAAAUCAAAAAGUCAAGGCAAACAGUUAAAAGUAGCUGAAAUAGAGUUACAAGAAAGUGUCCCAAAACAGACAAGCACUUCAAAGCCAGACAAAGACAAGAACACAGAAGAAAGUGACCCAGAUAGACAGAGAAAGUCUAAAGCUGAGGACAGGCCUUCUGAGGAGACCGGCCUUGAACCCGUGGUGGAGAGCGCCGUCGCCGGGGCCCACAGUGCCCAGAAGGAGUCUAGUCACCGGGCCAAGGCCCCGGCAGCAAAGGACAAGUAUAAGGGUGAUAAAGACUCCGGCUCCUCCAGACUGGAGAGAAAGUUAUCAGACGGACACAAAAGCAGAAGCUUCAAGCACAGCAGCAAAGAUGUAAAGAAGAAGGAAGAGACUAGAUCAGAUGACAAGGAUGGUAGAGAAGUUGACAGUAAUCAUGAAAAGGCCAGAGGGGCGAGUUCCGGCACAGACAAGAAGUUAAGUCGAAGGUUGUGGGAAAAUCGAAGAGGGAGCGUGUCACAAGAGAUGACCAAAGGAGAAGAAAAACUCGCAGCCGGUGCUUUGGGCACCCCCAGUAGUCCCUCCCUCCCAAGACCAAGAAAAAGCGGCGAUACCACUCUGGUCCCAGAACAGGAGCCCAUGGACAUGGACCCGGAACCGGCCGUUGAGCGUGUCUGUGAGGCACCGAAACCCCAGGAGGGCAGCAAUGCUAGCUCUCAGUCAGGCGCCGACGCGGAAAACGUUACCAAGCAAAGAUCUUCUGCCACAAUUGUGAAGGAUGAAUUGAGAACUUCCACGGUUGAUUCAAAAACAGCAGCUCCCCCCUGUAAAUCAGGACGUGGCACAGGCGCUGUUAGUAACUCUGAAAAACACACCGACCAUAAAAGCACCCUUGUCAAGAAGGGGCAUGUCCAAAGUGCUGUGUCCAGGCUGAACCCUGGGGAGAAGGAGCCCACCGAACAAGGAGCUCGGGAAGGGAAUGUGGACCCUGACGCUGGUCCUCGCGUGUUGUCUCGUGCCCCGUCAGAAAGCGAGAGGGCGCACAAGGAUGUGACGAACACGAGAAGGCCCCCUGCAGAGCCAGCCCCGGCCCCAUCCCCAAGUGCAGUGACUGUCACACCGCAGAAGCAGUUUCAUGACAAAGAUGGAAUGGCUUUAUUCGACAAAAGGCCUGCUUCAGAAGGGGGCGCAGCCAGCACCUCACCUAAGCACGACUCUGACAUCCCUAACCGGAGUGUGACAGAAGCCCUUUGGACAAGUGACAGUAGAGAGGGUAGUGCGGUUUCCACCGCAGACAUGCCAGCAAGAGUAAGCAUGGAUGACAGAGGGCACACGCCAGGUCACCAGGCCACCUCACUGCCCAGUAAACAGAGAAAAUCAAACACACCUCUUGACAGUGAGUUAGCAGACAGGAUCAUAGACUGUAAGAAUGUUGACAAAGGAGGUGACUUGAUGGACACAGCCAAGGCAGACAGGGACGUGAGUACUGGGCCCAGUUCAAAGCAGGCAAUUCAAGCUGCAGUCAUGAGUGGCCGGAAGGACAGUAUUGCUGUUGAUCACGUGCUGGGCGUGAGUACACAAGACGCCGAAGCUGUCGAACAGGAGCACUGUGAAGGCCCGGGUGGGACAGAGAACACAGCGGUGGGGGCCGAAGGAAGGAAUGAGAACAGCGAGGUCGACACCAGUGCCGGAUGCAAGGCUGCCUCAUCUCUUUCACCCCAGAGGACGGGAAAGGCUGAGAGUAUGGCAGCCGGGCCUGGUCGAGCAGAAAGGACACCUGUCGCCACCAGCUCUGAAGGGCAGGUCAAAGGCGUGACCUUCAGCACGGUCAAGGCGGGGCCUGCCACCACCACAUCUUCAGAGACAGGAGAGGGGCAGGUGGCCGUGCCGUGCACCAGCAUUGAGGCAGACGAGGGCGUGACAGCAGCUGCGGGCUCCAGAAACACCCCCCUCCACGCUGGGGCAGGAGCCAGUGGCCGCACCGUGUUCGCUGCAGCGGAAGAAGGCGGAGGUGUCACAGAGGGACUUGCUGAGAGUGAGACUUACCUCACGAGCACCAAGGGAGGCGAGAGUGGCGAGUGCGCCCUGGCCGAGUCUGGACAGAGCAGCACGGCCCCCGAGCCGGCCUGCGCCACGCGGGCAGAAGGCACCGUCAACAGCGCCGUGCCGGACGAGAAGGACGACGCGGUCACCAGUGCAGGCUCCGAGGAGAAGCGCGGCGGAGCUUCCAGCGGAGAGUCGGAGCUGGCGGGCGGCGCUGGUGCUUUCAUUAGUGAGGGCGAAAGUGACGGCGCCGUAACCAGCGCAGGGACGGAAAUAAGAGAGGGGUCUCCACGCAGUGAGGAGGCCGACGGCUUCCGGGGCAGUGCAGUGAGGAUGGGCCCCAAGAAGGAGACGGAGGGGACUGUGACAUGUACGGGAGCGGGGGACAGAGGCGAUAGCUUCGUGAUGUGCUCGGGGACGGGCGCGGGGCCCCCCGAGGAGCACAGGGUCUCGGGGGCGGCCGCUGGCCUGCUGGACAAGGGCGCGCCCCUGGGCACCAGCGCCGCCCCGGGGGGAGACGGCCUGGGGAGCGACGGCGCGGAGGGGGAGAGCGCAGUCACCAGCACGGGGAUCACGGAGGAGGACGGCGAGGGCCCCGCCAGCUGCUCGGGCUCGGAGGAGAGCGGCGCGGGCUUCGCCCUGAGCUCCGAGUCGGAGGAGACCGCGGAGAGCGCGAUGGACAGCACGGCCGCCGCGCAGGUGCCCGACGCGUCGCUGGUGGCGGCCGGGCCCUGCGAUGACGAGGGCGUCGUCACCAGCACGGGCGCCAAGGAGGACGACGACGAAGGGGAGGGCGUGGUGACCAGCACCGGCAGGGGCAACGAGGUCGGGCCCGCCGCCGCCUGCGCGGGCGUGGAGGAGGAUGGCGAGGGCGGGCCCACGUGCCAGAGUGCAGGAGAGCAGGACGCGCCCGUGGGGCCGGCUGCGGGGCGAGUGGGGGCCGGGGCCGCCCUCACGGACGCGAGCGAAAGCAGCGUGGACAGCAUGAGCGGUGCAGGGCGGGGCGCCAAGGACCCAGACAUCUGCUCCAGCGCCAAAGGGCUGGUGGAGAGCAGCGUGACGAGCGCCGCGCCGGGGACGGGGCCGCCCGCGCGGGGCCCAGGAGGCUGUGAGGGGCCCAUGACGAGUGUGGCGGCCUCUGAGCAGCGCGACAGCCAGCUUGCCAGAAAGGAGAGAGCUGAGGGUGCCCCUCUUUCUGCCGACCUGGUCGGGGGCAGUUAUGAGGUGCUCGUGUCUGGUGCAGCCCCGGCAGGUGACGCUCAUCACACAUCCACGAGCGCAAAGGAAGACGAGGGUGUCAUCACCUCCGUGGAAAACGAAGAAUGCGACGGCCUCCUGGCCGCCAGCGCCAGCGACCACGUCCCCAGCCAGGCCAGCGUGGCGGGGGGCAGAAGUCAAGGCAGCGGCGUGAUGAUUUCCACCAGCAGAGCAGGCGACGGCGCUGCUCCGUUAGGCAAGAUGACAGACGCGGAGGAGGGUCGCCCCAGCGCCCUGAGAACGGACGGCGGCGUGGACGGCACCAGGGUGAACAUGGAAGAAUUCGAGGCCCCGAUGCCCAGCGCGGUCGGGGACGCGAGCCAGCCGGCCACCGCGCGGGCCGAAGACAAGGACGAGUGCGCCAUGAUCUCCACCAGCCUCGGCGAGGAGUGCGAAGUGCCUAUUUCCAGCGCCACCUCCACCAAGUUCACCCAGAGCCAGCCCGCCGGUGCCCCCGCUGAAGAGGGAGCUCAGGGGCCCAGCCUGGUGAGCACCGGCAACUCCGAGGUGCCGAUGCCCAGCGCCCCCGCAGAGGCCGAGCGUCCCCUCGCCUCGACCAGCAAGGAGGAGAAGGACGAGUGUGCGCUCAUCUCCACCAGCAUCGCGGAGGGCUGCGAGGCCUCCGUCCGCGGGGCCCUCGCCGAGGAGAAGGACGGCAGCGCCGUCAUCUCAACCAGCUCGGGGGAAGACUGCGAGGGCCCGGUGUCCAGCGCCCGCCCUCAGGCGGCCACGCGUCCCGCCGUCACCCCUGCGGAGGAGCUGAGCGACUCGGCCAUGAUCUCCACAAGCACCUCUGAAGGCUGCGAGGCUGCUGUGCUGGGAGCCGUCCCGCUGGACCAGGAGCAGCCCGGCACGGCAAGGGUGGAGGACUCGAGCGAUGCCGCCCUCAUCUCCACCAGCACAGUUGAAUGUGUGCCGAUCACCACCGGCCUGGACACACGCGGCGAGAGCCGGCUGACCGCCAGCAAGCCAGAAGGAAAGGCCUUGUCAGCUGCCACGCGGAGCAAGCGUGACGUCCCGACGCCCAGCCUCAUCACUGAGGACGGCUGUCAGCAGUCUGGCCCACUGGCAGGGCAGACAGUGGGCUUCGUGGGGACCAUGCACACCGAGGAAGGGCAGGCCAGGGUCUCCGUGGCUGAGCUCUCUGAGGCGGGAGGCCAGCCAAGUGAGAGGCGGGACACAGUGGCUCGAAGCAAGAGUGCCUUGUGCCUCAUCCGUGCAGAAGAGAAGCCCGUGUCCUCGUAUGCAGUUCAGAGAGAAAACACGAACCUGGAGGCAGAGACGGCGGGGGACGGUUCCCCCACAGGUUUGCGGAGGAGUGCCAGCUCGCCCGUGGGCCCCCGAGGGCCCGAGCAAAUGGCCGGCGAUGAAGGCUCCUCCGUCAGCGCUGGCUGUGUGACAGCAGUGAGUCCCGGUGCUAAAAAAGGUGUCGACUCGCCGUGUUUAGGAGACGCUGCGUGGCAGUCCUCGCCUUCUCCCAACCCGCAGGGUUCUGAGGGCGACUUGAAAACCACCCCCUCUGAAUGUGUUAACCACCAAAAAUCUGAAAUUGCUCCUCCCCACGCCAUGGUCCCUCCAGCUGCCUGCGAUGUAGCUCUGUCAGCCCCUAACUCUGGGCAGGACUUGGCUGUAAAGAGCGGCCACAGUUGCAAGCAGCCAGUUCCCGUGUGCUCGGAGACAGCAGGAGCUGGCACGGCGCCCUCGUGCCAGAAGGAAGAAGGCCUCAGGAUCACCGUUUCUUCCAAAGAAUGUGUGUGUGGCAUAGGCAGUGAGGAGUCUGCGCUGAAUGUUUCGGAAGGAUUGGAACCCAAAGCCGGCUUGAAAACUGAGACGUCUGUGUCGUCAGGAAAAGAGAAAAGUCCUGAAACCCUCACCCCACCAGAAAACCCGGGAGGGAGCACGCCAUGCGGAGAAGCUGACCUACAGAGAGAGCCUCCGUCGGUGCCUGAGCCCCUGGAUGUUGAAAUUUCGGGCUCAAAAAGAGAUGCAGAAACCGAUAGCAAAACUUCUAACAAAGAAGAGAUUUCCAAUGGUAGAAAGGACAACGCAGAAGCCGUGAGGGACCACCGUGUUGAAGCAAAUCCGAAAGAGGUUGAGGAGGAAGAGAGGCGCAUGCCCAGAAGGAAGAGAAAGAAGCCUUGCCCCUCCUCAGAAGACGAGCCGGAUGAUAAUCCAGAUAUCUUGGAUUCCAAAACAGAAACAGCGCAGAGGCAAGGUUCUGAAACUGAGCUGCAAGAUGCAAAGGAAGAGAACCCUGGAGAGUUGGAAGAAUUAUCGAAAUCAAGUUCUAAGACAAACAGCACAGCCUCCAGAGCCAUGGAAGAAAGAGAUGAAUAUAGCAGCAGUGAUGCGACCGGCGAAAAGACAGAGCCCAAUGAAGAUGACACCGUAAAAUCCCAGGAGGAAGAUCAGCCAGUGGUCGUUAAAAGGAAAAGAGGGAGACCUCGGAAACACCCCGUGGAGGCAGCCUCGAGAGCAAAAGAAGAGAGCAGAGCGGACGCCGGCCCCGUCACCGUCGAACAGUCUCCACCUGGCAGCAAACUGAAAGGCAUGCCAGCAGAUGAGUCCAAUAAAGAAACAGCUAACCCACAAGAAAGAAGUCUCAGCAAUGAUGACGGCGAAGAGAAAACAGUGGCGAGCGGGCGUCGGAGAGGGAGAAAGCCCAAGCGCUCGCUCACUUCCUCGGAUGAUGCCGAAUCCUCAGAGCCAGAGAGGAAACGCCAGAAAUCCAUUUCUGACGCCGCUGAGGACAAGAAAGACCCGGAGUCUGAGGAGGAGGAGGAGGAAGAGGAGGAGGAGGAGCCCUUGGGCGCCACCACGAGGUCCACCACCAGGUCCAAGGCCCAGCUCUCCCCUCCGACCAAGCGCAAGCGAGACGCCAGUCCCCCGGGGGCACGUACCAGAGGCCAGCAGCGGGUGGAGGAGGCCCCGGCCAAGAAGGCAAAGCGGUAACGAGCCGGUGCCCGGGCUGGUCCGGGUGGCGGAGCCGACAGGGGCCGCGCUCCGGGCCGGCUCUUUGCUGUCGCAGGGAGCAGAUCUGCAUGUGCUGAGUUCCUAGGUGCAAGCUUUCUCAUUAAGUGUUAACAGCUUUAUAAACUGUUGUUCAUAGAAGAUACUAUGUACAUUUACUUCAGAUAAAGGAAAAUAAGUUUACUUUGUAUCUGAACUCAAAACAAAGUAGUUGUAUAUUUUAACAUGCAAAAUUGGGAUUUCCCGAUGUGACACAUGACUAAUGCAAACCCCUGAGCCGGGGACACCAGGCCUGCCCUCGGCGAUCUGUGUACAGUCUAUACACAUGUAAAAAUAGGUUGUAUUUUACUCUAUGUAUGAUGCUAAUCAAUGGACACUUUAUUUAUUUUACAGAGAAAACUUAUCUGUGAACUUUACUAUAUAUCUGUUUAUUUUAUUUUUUUUUUAAUAAAAGGGUUUUAAAUGCUAUGCAGUCAUUAGUAGAAACAUAUUAGGACCCUGCCUGCCCUGUGACUAUCUGAUAUGAACUGGCAGAAAAUACAGAACCUUCUCGCAUGUAUCCAAGUAAAGUAGUUUAGCUCAAGGAAGGAUCUCACUGAUUUCUGUUCACAGUUGUUACUCUGUUUUUUAAGAAUGUGACUUGUUUUUAGAUUAUACUUGCAGCUGUGACUUCCCCCCCAGCGCCCCAGCGCUAGCAGGUCUGGUUCUGGUAAGGGACAGCAGCCCCCCGCAGAGACCCCUCACCACCUGUCCCGCCUGUCCCCCGUGCUCUCCCCCCGGCCGCCCCAGAGUCUUCCCACCUGUCAGUUUCCGUAUGAAGACAAGUGAAGUAAGGAUUAGGUCACUCAAGUGAAGUAAGGAUUAGGUCACUCUUCUUGAUCAAGCGUCAGGAUUUUGUGUUGUUUUAUACACAAUUAUUUCAGGAUAGAAACUGGCUUUACUGCCGGAUUCUUUUUUAACAUAUUUUAACUCCCACACGAGCAAACCGUUCAACUUAAGUUUUUCAUACGAUUAAAUUUUUCUUGAGAUCAAAUUUGUCUCUAGCAAUGAAUGAUGUGAUGAGUUGCCAAAUAAUUGAGAUUAUUUUAAAGCGUUUUCUUCAUAUUCUUGUUUUAUAAUUAAAAUUUACAUUCAGUGUGUGUGAAUUUUCUUUUUGGAAUUCUUAAUGUAAGGUGGAUAUUUGUCAUUUUACAUGGUUUCUUACUGAGAUUUUAUAUAUAAAUUAUAAAAUGUUUCCCAAAACUUGAGUGGUAAGAAUUUUUUUUUUCCAUAU